AUGUGGCUAGGAACGAGUAGUGCAAUCAGGAGACUAUUGCUCCCUAAACACGCAAGGCAGAAUUGUUGGUUUGCGCAAAUCUAUUGGCCUGGUGCUCUAGGGCGAGGGGAUUAUGCUCCAACACAGGUCGUCCUACUUUGUGUUGGAUGGGUGUGCACGGCUGUGCCAGCACGGUCUACCGUGUAA